GCUGCUGGAUAAAGCACAUAUAAUCGUCAAAAGAACAAGAUAGAAAUAUACGUUUCCAAAAAAACAUUCAGCAGGCGUAAUGAAAAAAACGAAUGAAAGUAAAAAAUGAAAAAGAAAUGAAGUCUAACGUGUAAAAGGUGCGCGAGUGAGGAGUGAUGAAGUGAAAUAAAAGCCGUGGCGAAUUUUGAAACAAAGAGGAAUUUGUGUGUUUCACUUAGAUCGUCAAACAGCAGUGAUUCACAACGACGGGGAGAGCAAAAUAGUUUCGUGUUUUCCGUAGAUGUUAUGGUUAACUUCCAUCAAAUCACGUACUUUCGUUGCCAAAUGAUUUUACAUCCCGUUACGUCCCACGUUCGUUCGUCCGUCAUUUCUGUCAGCUGAUAGCCUCGUGAACAUCUGCUCUCCAGUUCAAAUUUAUCAUUAUAUUAUUCUGUUGUUACUGCCUUUUCUGAAACCACCUUUUCUCUUCAAAACCUCGAUAACGAAGUCCCAAACAAAAAUACACGUCAGACUACGACGUAAUAAUUUUAGGCCAUGGCAGAUAACGUUCUGGGCGAACUCAGCAGUGAACAAACCGAAAAAAUACUUCAAUUCCAGGAUUUGACACGUAUUGAGGAUCUCUUGGUUUGUCGCGAUGUUUUACAAAGACACAACUGGAACUUGGAAGUCGCUGUUCAAGAACAGCUGAAUUUGUACGAAGGACGACCUUCCAUGUUUGCCCAGGAUUCUCGAUCUCGACCACCAGCGGUUGUUGACGAUAUGGCCUCCAGAAUUUACUUUAGUCCGCCGGGAAGCCCUGGUGCUGGAGGCGGAUUUCUAUCUUUUGUUUUCAACAUCUGUUACAAUUUUGUUACAAGUAUCUUGCAGUUGGUCUUCACUGUAUUCAGAUCAGACGUCAGACCCGUCGCUUCGGAUCCUGUGGAGGAUGUCGUAAAUUUCAUCAGGUCGUAUGAGGAAAAAAAUGGCACCAGUCAUCCAGUAUUUUACCAAGGCUCGUACAGCCAAGCUUUGUCGGAUGCUAAACAAGAGCUUAGAUUUCUUCUUGUGUAUUUGCACAAGGACGAAGCCCCAGAUAGUGAACAAUGGUGCAGAAAUACUCUGGGAAAUGCUGAGGUCUCGAGAUAUAUUAAUACGCAUACCCUUUUCUGGGCUUGUAAUGUACAAUCUGGCGAGGGCUACAAAGUCGCGGAAGCGUUGAAGUCCGGUACUUAUCCUUUCCUGGCUGUCAUUGUUCUCAAGGACAAUAGGAUGACGAUAGUUGGCCGAAUGGAAGGAACACCAUCACCCUCGGAGCUUAUAACUCGAUUACAAACAAUCAUAGAAAACAACGAAAUUAGCUUGAUCCAGACUCGUCAAGAUCGAGCCGAACGAAAUGCUACGCAAUCUCUGAGACAACAACAGGACAAAGCGUACGAGGAAUCACUGCGCGCGGAUCAAGAGAAAGAUCGUAAACGCGAGGAAGAACGUCGUGCUCGUGAGGAACAAGAGGCACGGGAGAAGGCAGCAUUGAACGCUCAGGAAAUGGAAAUCCAGCGCGUCAGAAUCGAGAAAGAAAUGACUAUUAGAAAAGUACCAUUGGAACCUGAACCCACAAACCCAAAUGCGUGUCAUCUACAAAUCAAACUUGGCGAACGUACAGUGAAAAGACGGUUUCUUAUGUCCGACACAAUCCAGGACGUGUAUCAUUGGAUUUUCAGUCAACCAGAUUCGCCAGCGAAUUUUGAAAUUACAACGAGUUUUCCGAGGAGGGUUUUAUUUCCGACUGACGAGAUAGUGAGCUUGUGCAAAGCCGGUCUUACACACAGAGAAGCUCUUCACAUAAACGAUUUAGACGAUUAACCUUGACUUUGACGUCGAGCGUAAAAAGUCAAGUAUCAUUCCGUAUGGACCGAUGAUACGUGUUGAGGGAGACAAUUAUUGAAAGAUAAUAUAUGUAUACAUAUAUAUAUAUAAAUUUAUAUAUAUAUAUAUAUAUAUAUACGUAUACUAUAUAUAUAUUUGAUACAUCCUAAUAUUUUAUGUGAUGCGUAGUUUAAUUGGGGGGCUGAUUUAACAAAACAUGAGAUGAUUAAAAUAUCAAAUAUAAUGAGAAUGAUAGAAGAUCAAACUCAUCCUGAAUAAUAACGAGGCUUCUCAAUAAUUGAAGAAACGGAAUGACAUGAAAACUACUGAUUCUUUCAAAGAAAAAACAAUAAAUAUUGUAUUCGUUACAAAAUCAUUAGCAAAGAAAGAAAAAUUAACAACCUUUUGUUGUUGAAGUAUCGACGGUACGCAGAUUUAUCUGCGUCUUGUCCCACCUUCUACCUUCAACAAGUUUGACUCGAAACUUUUUCAUUGACGAUAACACAAGAGGAGAUUUAAAGCUGAAAGCACGAUUAUUUAUUACACAAAGAAACAGUUCUUGAAUGAGCAUGGUUCCUAGAAACGUGAGCCGGAAUUGCUAGCAGUUGUUUCACUAAGCAAGAGGAGAGAAAAAAACUUUGAUCGCCAUGACUCCAUAGCUUUUUCAUCGGAGCGGGCUUAUUAAGGGGCUUUUUUUGUUUUAAUUCUACUCGAGUUGAUACCAUUUCAACGAUGUACAAUAUUGUCGCCUAUUUUUCACUGCUACGAAUAUAUUCAUACGUCCCAAGGUCAACCACGAAUAAAAAACGCAGCAACUUUGUUUCGUUCUCAUCUCGAUUGAUGUGUGAGAACGGAGAGAUGGAGUUAAAUUAAAAGAGAAAAAAAACUGAGAAAAUCAAGUCUGGCGAUCUCGAUGGAGAAAAAAAAUGAAUCCUUUUUGUACGAAUAGCUAUUGCGAUUGAAUAUUUGUAAUUUCAAAGGUAAAUUUUGCAUAAUUGGUUGAUAAAUUUACACUUUGAUGAGAGUUCUCAUAGAGGAAAUUGUCAUAAUUUUCAUAUGCGUUUGCGAACACAAUAUCGAAUGCCGUUUGUUAAAAAGACAAAACACAUUUUUAUGCACAUUUAUUUCACGUUUGGGUUCUAUGAAAACCAUGCUUGAUGAGAAAAGUUUGAAAAUCAUCGUUUCGGUUGCAGCACUGCGUAACAUUAAGAGCGUCAGAGAAAGAGCAAAAGAACACAAAUAGCAAUCGAUCACGUGUUUAGAGCAUUUAAAAACAAAACAAAUAAUAAGCCCGCGGGCAUUCAUUAUUCAUAGAAAAUAUAAUGAGAAUUAAAAAAUCUACCGUAGUUUAUAGUUCAUGUUCGGCUACUCAGAUAACUAUAAACCCAAAAAUAUUUCCAAUCUUCGCUGGUUGCAAUAAUCAACAAUUGAACACUUGUCGUUUGGAUUUUUUUGCGUUUUCUUCAUUCACCACGUUUUCCGUCUGAUAAUUAUGUAAAUACUUGGGCACAUUGCAUUUUUAUGUAUCGAUUUUCACCGAGUGAGCGCACGCAUAAUGAAUCAUUUGAAAGAAAGAUAAUGGAUUUCAAAGUCUUAUUGAAUUGUAAAUCCGAAAAAGUGAUUCAGUCCAAUAUUAUAAAUCGUUUAACAGCUACAAACCACACAAGACAGUGUUGAAUUUAUUUUAUUGGCCGACUGCGUGUAUCGAAUGGAUUCAUCCAGAGUCUGAACGAAAAUAGCACAUCGCAGCUUUGCAAUUUGAAAAAUGAAAAACGAUAAAAAAAAUAAAUAAAUAAAAAGUGUGGUUGAUGAAAAUAUCCUCUGGUACUUCUAGUCUUACCAAAGGUGAAUGAGUUUGAUUUAUUUCUAGUAACACACAUCGAUCCAUAAAAAAAAUCAUUGUUUCCUCUUAAGAAGAAAAAAUAUAAAUAAAUAUAUUAUUAAUAUUGUAGGUGGAUGGUUUACGACUGAAAGGUUUUUUGCGAAAAUGUGAUUCGGUGUAGUAAUAAAUUUAUUUCUUGUGUACAAUAACAGAAGAAACAGCAACAAAAACUACGAAAACAUUUGUAAAUUAAUGUUACGAUAAACUUAAUGCAUUUCCAAAAUGAAAUGAUCGAAUAAAUCUAAUUAUUUGGAAUAUGAA